AUGGAGAACCUCCCGAGAGGUCUGGUUUCGACCUCGGGAAAUCUUUCAACAGAGCUGGAUGGUAUGGAAAUCGUGGACAUCGGGGAUAUCGUGCGGUUGUGGAGAGUAUACAGCAUCAAUCCAGCCGCUCUCGAAGGCGACACCGGAUAUCGGUUGCAGAACGUCUUUUGGAGAAUCUGGGGUAGUGAUCGUCUGAGCAGUUCUAUCCGUGGGUCGACACUCGCGCGUUUGUUUCUACGCAUAUCAGAGCCUGGCUCAUUGACCCCCACGCAGAAAUCCAAGGCGCAGAAAUCAGAGCCUCUACUGCCCAGCUUCAAACGUGAAAAGCCACCGGAUCACGCCAAUAGUAGCGGGAACACAGGCAAGGCGCCGCUGCCACCCAUACUGAAGAAACACAGCACUAGCUCCUCUCACGGAGAGUCUCAGAAGACAACUCGACUGCUUCUGACAGACUUGGGUGGACGGAGUGUCACUCGUAAUCCUUCUCACCCGCCGACCCCCGUUCCUCCUUCUCGACCAGUCAUGAUCGGAGACGGGGUUAGUCGCCAAGGCCAAAAGAAGGGGUUUGUCGUGGCCAACAAAGCAAAGGGCUCCAAGCGUCGGCCGGUGGUCAUGCGCCGUAAGUCGUCGCAGCAGUCUUCCGUGGCUAGUUCUACCCGAUGCUCGACUCGCGCCCAUUCACCUCUUCCGGUUCCCUCACCCCCCCCCCAGCGUAUUGACGAGCACCCUGAAGAGCUGUUGACGCAAAGCCCCGAUGCCACAAAUGAGCCAAGCGAAGAAACCAGCUCAGACACCAACAAAGAUCCAGGAGAACUAACCGCCACGUUCCUAGCUGAACUCAAGGACCUUCUCAACACAGAGGCCCCAGCUCCACCACAAAGCAUCAGACUGCAUCUUCCACCACUGGGGUACUUUUCCGCUACGGCCCAGCCCCUGUUCGACGGCAGACAUCUCUGCGCCGCAAACUACAAAUCGUCCGCGUCUUCACUCGUUGAGACGGACUUCCGGACCCGAUUCGCUGAGCGCCAGCGCCAGGAACAGCAGUAUUACCAGGCGAUGUCCUCAUCAUUUGGCGACCCUGUCUUGGCUGAACCGGGGUCCGAGCCGUUCGGUAUAGGAACCGCCACUACCGUGGGGACAAAUGACACGAUCUCGCCGUCGCGGCUAGGAGAGUCGCAGACCGAAGCGUCGACAGUGGCCACCUCGAUCCCCGGCAGCCAUGAGGACCACUCUCCGACUCCGUUUCCUUCUAGUAUUUUGACCGGCCAGCCGCCGUCAGGGGCAGGCAAUGCACUUUUCCCGCAGUCACCUCUUUCUCUACCACGAGGACCGGGUCAGUUGGGUUUUUUAAUUAAGCAGAGACAUGAAGAGACGGAUGAGAUGUCAGAUGAUUAA